AUUCCGUGAUGUAUUUGAUGGCAUUAUUUCGAUUCUCAGGCAUUGGGUUUGUAUUAAUAUAUUUGUUGACUCAACUGAAUCGAGUGGAGUGUCAUUCGUGGCAAAACCCUGGCUGUCAUAAAGUCGUGAACAUUCAGUUGAAUCGUAUAAACGAUGAUAACAUAAGCCAUACACAGAGGAUAAGUAUUCCGGAUUGCGUUGAGUUUGACAUCACGACAAACGCCUGCCGAGGAUAUUGUGUCUCGUUCUCCAUUCCCUCCAAUGAGGCCACUCUUCGGGUCAAUCCCAACCAACUCUUGACUUCUGUGGGCCAGUGCUGUAACAUUAUGGAGACUGAAGAUCCA